AUGGCGGCCACCCAGCCUGAACUCUACGACCUCCUGGUCGUCACCGACGCCACGGCCUCCAUGUACACUUUUCUGCGCUCGCUACACAGCUCCCUGCAGGAUAUCAUCCGCGUCUCGGCUCUCACGGCAUGCUUCUCGCGUGUCGGUGUCCUGGCCUACAGGGACUACGACCAAAGCGAGAAUGUCACCCAGUGGUCGGGCUGGUACAGUAGCGAUGGGCCAUCCGAGAUCUCGCAGGACGAACUGCUGUCGUUUGUUGCGCAGCUCCAGCCCAUCGGCGGCGACGACUGGCGUGAGGCCACCCGGUCCGGCCUUGCGCAUGCCUACCAGGUGAUGCGCCCGGACGCGAGGACCAUCAUCGUCAUCUUCGCCGACGCGCCCCCGCACACGGAGCUCGCAUCCCACGAGUGGGCGGUUGAGCAGCAGGCUCUUGCACAGCCCGACAGCUAUGGCGGAGCCGGCAAGCUCUUCGCCGACUGGACGUCUGUCGCCAGGACCCUGACCCGAGGAGAGAAACGGGCGCACGUGUUCAGCAUCAUCGAGGCCGACCGGAAUUACUUCUGCGAGACGACCUCGAUGUUCACCUAUCUCUCUACCCAAUCUGGCGGCGUCUGCCUAUCUAUCCCUCCGAAUUCAACCUCCGAGACCAUCUCCAAGCUGACAGUUUGCCUCCUGCUCUCGUGGAUGGGCGCGGCCAAGCAGGGUGCUAAGCUGGACACCCAGCCUCUUGCUGCUCAAGCCCGAUACGCCGAUGCCGGUGACAUCGACCAGUUUUCGUCGGAAAAAGACGCGUCAGCCGUCAGAUACCUGCCCGUCUCCUCGCGCAAGGCAGACAGAGACGCCCUCCGAGCCAACAUGACCCGUUCGCUGUUGUCCCUUGACACGCUAGCCCAUGUCGUCCCGCGUCGGGAACACGCGAUCAUGGACUUCGCCAGGCGGUACAAGGCCGAUCCCGGGUACCAAGCAUUUGUCAUCGAGCAGCUCGCAGACAUCAUCCAGUCAGACGUGGCCGCCAUCGCGCUCAACCCGGUCUUCGGCACGCUCUGGCGGACGGUCUGCAAUGACCGGCUCCAACCCGCGCGCGACAAGCUCAUCGCCAGCUUCAGCCGACAGCUGGACGCGGUCGAGGACCGCGCGAAGAAGGACCGCCUCAAGAAGUGGCUCGAGGAGUCGUACGACUGGGCUGGCGAGAUCUUGGAAACGAUCAACUCGGUCCCCGAGGAGGAGCGAUAUCCGUGCGUCUUUCUCGACCCCACGGUGCGCUUCCCGCGGGCCGAGGGCGGCGAGGACGGGGUCAACGGCGACGGCGCUAACAACUCGAUGGAGUUCACCCGGGACGAGCUUCUCGAGAUCGGGCGGUCCUGUGACAACCGCAUCCUGCGCCGCCUGGGCCGCAUCCUCACCCGGCUGACCUACGUGGCCUCGAAGGAGGAGCUCCCGGCCCACAUAAAGGACGUGCCGGAAGACGAGGUGCCCCGGAUUCCCAUGGCCCUAGCGAAGCCGGAGCACCACGCCAAGUUCUGGAAGGUGCUUUUGCACACCGUCCUGCCGGGGACGAUGUUGGCCCCUCGCCCGGCCGCCCUGCUUGCGGCUCUCGCCGUGAGGAUGGCCAUCCAGCCUUUGGAGGAUGUCGCGUACACGGAACUCAUGGCGUGGCGGGAGAAAUGGAACACGUUGGACAUCCCCGAAACAUGGAACUCCAGCUGUCUGGGGCUGCUCCUCGAGGCCGACAAGAAGCAUCAGCAGCGGGUGGCAGGCCAGCAGCCAGGAGCUUCGUCCGACGGUCAGUCGAUUCUGAAACCCGAGGACCGCAGACUGUUCGAGGCGCUCGUCGACUACAAGCUGCUGGAGAUGAACAUGGACACGACUCUCUCGGCCGAGGUCGGCUGGACGCCGCACAAGAGCAGAGUGGCUGUGGGCCCGGUGGUGGUCUGCAAGACCUGCCAGCUGCCCCGGUCGGUGACCGUCAUGGCUGAAGACGGCGUGUGCGGACUGUGUGCCUCGCCGUGUGAGUGCGAGAGCCCGGAGGCCCACGAUGCCCUCAUCACCCAAGGCCUCUCCGCGGCAGAGAGCGACGGCAACCUCGCCACGUGGGUCGAGUGCUUCAUGGCGGAAUGCAGGGCGCAGUACGUGGUCUACAAUACGGGCAAACUCAACGUGCGUCCCAAGUGUCACUACUGCCGGCAGAAGUCCGCCGUCUCCAGAAGCGACCCCAAGUACACUACCCUGGCCGAUGCGCCCUGCGUCACCUGCACCCGCUGCGCCAACCGGAUCAUCUGGCCCGCCGCGUACCGCCCGGCCGAUUUCGACGCCUCGGCGUACCUCUGCCCCGCAUGCGCGGACAACCACCCGACCAUCGUCACGCAGGAAACCACCGCACGAGCCCUCGCCGCCCAGAACGGCACGGCCUGGCUCCUCCGCAACGACGACAACACCCUCUUCGACCCGCUGUCCGGCCGCUCCGUCUUCCACGUCGUCUCAACCUGCACCACGGACCGCUCCCUCAUCCCCUCGCAUGUCGAAGUCCUCCCGGCGCUAUCCAGCACCUGGACCACCCCGCUCACCCUCACCCUCAACAACAAGCCGCUGCACAACACCCGCGCCCUGCUCAACUCCCUCGCCGACUGGAUCACCACCCGCCGCGUGCAGUCCAGCACCGCCCAAUGCACGCUGUGCUUCACCGCGCACCGGCACAACGCGCACAACCCCUCCCGCACUGCCGGCCUGCGUCUAGCCUGCGGCGGCCGCCGCGGCUGCGCGCAGCUGAUCUGCGAGCCGUGCAUGCGCGGCUGGUACGGCCUGAACCGGCCGGGCGCGCCGAUCAACGUGGCGGCGCUGGCGUGCCCCUUCUGCCGGCGGGCGCCGGUGGCGCGGCGCGUGGCGCUGCCGCGCGGCCUGCAAGGGCUGGCCGGGCUCGCCGACGCCGUGGUCGAGCGCGGCGAGUUCGUGUACGCCUGGUGCGCCGGCCCGUGCGGUAUGGCGAGGCGGCUCGCGCCGCGGACGUGCGCGGCCGGCGCGCCCGAGGUGGAGGGGUGGCGGUGUGAGGAGUGCACUGAGGACGGGCUGGAGGUGCGCGUCAAGAUGUGUCCUGCCUGCGGCGUCGCGACGGAGAAGGUUGUGGGCUGUGAUCACAUUAGCUGUCCGUGUGGCGCGCACUGGUGUUUCAACUGCGGCAAGAACACGGGCUCCAUAGCGGAGACAUAUGCGCAUAUGACGGCCGAGCAUCACACCUGGUUUGCGGACGGCCACGAGGAGGACGGGGAUGAGGAGUAUGAGGAGGGCGAGGAUGAGGAGGUUGACGAGGGCCAGGACGGCAUGGAUUGGGUGUGA